GGAGGGUUCUCCGAUGGCAACCCAAUCAGUUCUACCGGCAAAGGUGGACCAUUGUCAGGCGGUACCAACCGACAAAUCGACCUCCAAAGCCCAUCAAACCUCGGACAGGAAACUACCGAUGCAGGCAACGUCCCCAAUCUCAAGUGGCGCUUUUCCGAUUCCAAGACUCGUCUUCUAAGUGGCGGCUGGGUUCGUCAACAAUUGAUCACCGACUUGCCUUCCUCCAAGGACAUAUUCGGCGCCCAGCAGCAUCUUAAGAAAGGAGCCGUGCGAGAGUUGCAUUGGCACAAAGUCGCCGAAUGGGGCUAUGUCUACGCAGGCCGCGUCGCCGUCUCCGCCGUCGAUGAAAAUGGAAAGAACCAGUACGAUGUCCUCGAGAAGGGAGAUGUGUGGUACUUCCCCAAGGGAGCGGCCCACGGCGUCGAAGGGCUGGACGAUGAUAAUGAGUUCCUCUUGGUGUUUGACGAGGGCGACUUCGAAGCUCCCGGCACCACAUUCAAUGUUGAUGACUGGAUUACUCACACUCCUCGUGACAUUUUGGCCCGCAGCCUGGGCGUCAAUGAGUCCGAACUGGCGGGCCUUCAACAAACUCCCUACAUUGUCGCAGCGACAAACUCCAGCGACGGAGCUCGUGGCGAAGGCAUCGACCACCCCUAUGGCAAUUUGGCCGAUGGCAAUGGGUCGUAUGUCAAGCACAGCAAAGAUGUGGCGCCGAUCGUUGCUCCCGGCGGUGGUGGCACCAUUCAGAUCUUCGAUUCUCGCAGUUUCCCGAUCUCGAAGACUUUGGCCACCAGUGUUGUGACACUCAAGCCCGGUGCUCUGAGAGAAUUGCAUUGGCAUCCCACAGCUGAGGAAUGGGUUUACUUCGUAUCAGGCCAAGGUCGUGCAACCAUCUUCGCCGGCAACGCGAGAUCGAGAACCUUCGACUUUUCCGCAGGCGAUACUGCCGUUUUCCCCGAUAACUCAGGCCACUACGUCGAGAACACCUCCCAGACUGAGGACUUGGUGUGGAUCGAGGUUUUCAAGGCCGACAGAGUUGCCGACAUCAGUCUGACACAAUGGCUUGCCCUCACUCCCGCACCAUAUGUGGCACAGGUGCUGAAUGUUUCCGUGGCAACGGUGAAGAAGCUGAAGAAGGAGAAGCAGCUUAUUCUCGCUUGA